CCCCUCUUUACAGGACUGCCAGCCCGUCUAGAGUUAUUCCAGGAAUGCGUUGAACAUGGCUGCCGCGAUGAAGGCGCAGAAAACGGGACUGCUGGAACUUCGAUUGACCGUGGACCGCUGGAUCCGUGUGCUGGCCACUCUUUCCGAGGACACUCUCACCGUAAACCCCGGUGAGGGAGCCGAGGAGCCCGCGAAGCCCAACCCGAGUCCCGCAGGUGCUGUCAACGGAGACCCUCCGAACCUCAGCUCGUCCCCGGUCCCUGAAACCAUCACCAACGUGAAGCGCACCGUUCGAGUGACCAAACAAGAUGUGGGAGGACUUGGAAUUAGUAUCAAAGGUGGAAAGGAAAACAAAAUGCCCAUCCUCAUUUCAAAAAUUUUUAAAGGCCUUGCAGCUGACCAGACAGAGGCGCUUUACGUCGGGGAUGCCAUAUUGUCUGUCAAUGGUUUUGACUUACGAGAGGCCACGCACGACGAGGCUGUGCAGGCACUAAAAAAAACUGGCAAAGAAGUCAUCCUUGAAGUGAAAUACAUCAAGGAAAUGUCUGCAUUUUUUAAAAGCGCCGGUUCCCCUGGAGCAAACCUCCCUUGGGAUUCUCCCCCCUCUACACCUCAGAGGAGCAAUGAGGUCUUCCCCAUCGAGGUGAAAGAGCCUCGCAUCAUCCCACUGAGGAUGUGCCAGGUGUCGCGGAAAGAGUGCCCCCCAGACACAGAGAACAGGUAUUUCGAGGUGAUUUCAUCCAACAGAAAGAACUCAAUGUUCCUGCGGGCAAAAGACCCAGCCAUGGCUCAGUCGUGGUACAAUGCCAUCCAAGCUGCUGCUGCCAGCCUUUUACCACAAGUGAAGGAGGAGAUGAAGAGCAUGCAACCUGGCAUGGAUGUCAAACAUUUGGGCUGGCUUACAGAGCAGAUGUCCCAGGGUCCAGAGAAACCUCUCUUUGCAGUGUUGACAGAGAAGGACCUGCUUCUGUAUUCCUCCUUUCCUGAGAGCAAAGAGAGCCUAAGGAACCCCACCAAGAGUCACACCCUCAUCACAACCAGGCUGGUCCACUCUGGUCCUGGAAAAAGUUCCUCUCUAUUGGACUCUGAGUUGUCAUUCGGCUUGCGUUCAGGCACCAAGCAGGGCGUAGAGACUCAUGUGUUCAGAGUGGACACUGCCAAGGAGCUGUCCACGUGGACUCAUCUGUUGGUCGAGGGUUGCCACAAUGCUGCAGAACUCAUCAAGGAGGUCAUAGCAGCCUGUAGUUGGAAUGGAAAAGAGUGCAUGCUGGGAGUGCACAUUGACGACGGCUUCACGCUAUUCACAGAUGAAAUGGGUGUCAGGAAAAAUAUUCUCCUCCAGCAGCCUUUCGAGCGCCUCCGAAUGUCCUCAGAUGAUGGAGUCCGUAUGAUGUUUCUCGACUUUGGAGGCCCGGAGGCUGAAAUUAAACUGGACCUUCGCUGCUGCCCAAAGACCUUAGUGUUCAUCAUCCACUCUUUCCUUUCUGCUAAGGUCAAGCGACUUGGCCUCCUGGCAUGAUAAAGGCCAGCUAUCCAUAACAUCAAAAUAGGAAUAUUCAGUGAAACACACACCAGCCCCAGAAGACCUUCAACAAAAGAGCCGGGGAAGUGAAGCUGAUAGGCUCAUUUUUCAGCCGUUAAGCCUUAUCGUUUUUGGUCAGGCUCUCUCGUCUGUAAAAAAAAAAAAUGAAGAGAAAACUGGAACACUGAUGGACUUUUUUUUAUUAUUGUAGUUAGAUAAAAGAUGUUUUUACAGAUACUUCAGGUCAGCAAUCAUGUAAGGGGUCUAUAUCUGUCAAAGCUGUCUAAAUAGGUCAGGCCACUUCAUGAUGGGAAACUGUAAGAAUGUGACAGCCUGUUUCUUAAUGUUUUUAAGCUUACAGUCGCAACCAUCUUUUUCUUUAGUUUGAUUUUAUGAGUCACAGCAGGCUUUUGUCAUAAGCAUCUUUUCAUCUUUCAAUCCCUGCUUCAUCAACAUCUUGAUUGAUGUUGGACAAACAUUUUUCAGUAUCAGAGGAGUGACAGAUUGACGUGGCUGAUUGUAACAUGAUCAAUAGCCUGUGCUGAACAGAGAACAGCUAAACCGACAUGCUGUUUGCUCAAAGUUUUUCAUCAACCUAUUGGAUUUAGUUCUCUUUUUUAGCAAUGUGGUAUGGCCUAUAAAAAGAAAUAAGCAUGUCUUUGUAAUGUUACAAGCUGAAAAUCGAAUGACGUUUCUUUAAAUAAAAGAGAUUGCAACCUUUAAUCCCAGUGGUAAAAAGAAGCUAAUAUUAAUGCAACAGUAACUUUUAUUUAUAUUCAGGAAAGACAGAUUUUAUGUCACAUAUUCAAAAUUUAUUUUAUUAGUUUGAAUUAAAAAUAUAAAAAUGUGUUUACAUCCUAAAGUGUGUGAUUAUUUUAUUCAUCAAUGUUAAGUUUUUUGUAGUUUGGGGCCUUCUCUAAUAUCAAAUAUCUAAACACUAAAAACACAUAUAGUAAUAUAUGUUCUAAAACCUGUUUGCUCAAGAAAAUUAAUGUAUUGUAUAUUAUUUAAACAAAGGUGUGCCUUGCAAGGUUGUUUGUAUAUAAACAUGUAAUAAACUUUGUUAACUUUUA